GUUUAGGAACUGCGACAUAUAAUGUUCGUGUGAUUCAUUGUUACAUUAUAAAUAUGUUUCAAACAUGUAAAGGUGUACUCGUGGUAUUGUCUUUUCUUAUAAUUGCUGCACGUUGUGGAUUGGAAAUAAUACCAGAGCGGACGAAGGUUAUUUAUGUCAAUCAAAAAUACUUUUAUAAUUUAAGCCUUGAGGUAAAGAAAUAUAGCAGAACCAGCCCAUACUACUAUAACGUGGAUGUGACGACCAAACAACCAUGGACUAACAACGUUACGUUGCACAUCAGUUUUAAUGAGUACGUCCAGAACGAGUAUCGUAGUUCAUUUAUUGAGCUGCAUCGAAAGUUCUGUGACUUAAUGAAAUUCGACAAAAUUAUUGGAAAUAUGAUCAAAUAUUUCGGAAUAGAUUGCCCGUUGCCAGCUGGUACGCUGAGAUUGAUCAACGUAACAGUAGUUCUAAACACACUUCCAAACGUGUUUCCAUUUCAAAAAUGUCGCAUUGCCACUGAAGUAAAAAUCACUGCUACAAAUGAAUCAAUGACCGUGUUUCAUAAUUACGUUACAUUUAAAGAUACGAAACGUACUGGAUGAUUGAAUAACUGAUUGCAUUAGCAACAUGUAUAUUUUGUGUUAUUACAGAAGAGGAAAACUUUAUUGAUUAUACAAAGUUCGUUUUUUUUUUCUAUCAUGA